AUAUGGGUACUGGAAGCGGCACAACAUUCCCUUUAUAAAACCAUUCCCACUGAUUGGCAACAUUCAAGUCAUGUUUACGCUCAGCAACAGUUUCUUCCUGUAUCUCUCCGAUGUCUAUAAGGAUGCUACGGUGACGAAAGCAGCAGCAGUCGGCAUUUAUAUACUAAACAAGCCAGCUUUAGUGCUACGCGAGCCGGAACUCAUCAAAUCCGUGCUAAUUAAAGAAUUUCAAAAGUUCGCUAAUCGUUUUGCCGCUUGUGAUCCACACGGUGAUCCUUUGGCAUCGAAUAAUCUAUUUUUCGUACGCAAUCCACAAUGGAGGGAGCUGAGAACGAGAAUUUCACCGGUGUUCACUUCGGGAAAAAUUAAGCAAAUGUAUACGCUAAUGACUGAGAUUGGCUCUGAGUUAGAGUCCCAUUUGCUGAAACACACAAAGACUGGCAAUACCUACAACACCGAAAUCAAGGAGGUGUGUGCGCUCUUCACCACCGAUGUGAUAGCAUCGAUUGCCUUUGGCAUACACGCUAAUAGUUUGAAGAAUCCAGACGGUGAAUUUCGCACACACGGGCGAAAGUUUGUGAAUUUUACGCCCGGUAGAGCGCUCUCCUUUAUCAUCGCAUUCUUCUACCCGAAUUGGGUUAGCACAUUUAAAGUAAAAGUUUUCACGGCUGAAUUCUCGUCGUUUCUACGCAACACCAUCAAUCACGUUAUGAUAGAAAGAGAGAAGACUGGUACCAUACGUAACGAUUUAAUCGAUGUGUUGUUGGAUUUGAAAAAGGAGGCGAUUGCAACGAACGAGUACAAUGAGGAGGCGCAGGAUGUGCUAACAGCGCAGGCAGCAAUAUUUUUAACGGCUGGUUUUGAGACUUCAUCUUCAAUGAUGGCUUUUACGCUGUACGAAUUGGCCAAACAUCCGGAUUUACAGGACCGACUGCGCAACGAAAUUCGCGACGCUCUUGUGGUCGAUCAUGGCAAAUUAUCCUAUGAGACCAUCACUAAUUUACCAUAUCUGGGUAUGGUAGUAGAUGAAGUCUUACGUUUGUAUCCCGUACUACCUAUGCUCGAUCGCGAGCACCUUCCGAGGGAAGAAGACAAUCCGUUUGAUCUACUACCCUACUAUGAUUAUAAAGUACCAAGCGGCAUGGCUGUUUAUAUACCAAUUUUCGGCAUACAACGCGAUCCCAAGUACUGGUCCAAUCCUGACACCUUCGAUCCGGAACGUUUUAGCGCUGAGAAUAAAAAGCUACACGAACCCAUGGCCUACUUACCAUUUGGCACUGGUCCACGCAAUUGUAUUGGUAGCCGUAUAGGUUUACUACAAUCCAAAAUUGGUUUGGUUCACAUUUUGAAAAGUAAUUUCGUGACCGUUUGCGAUAAAACACCAGCGGAGAUAACUUUCGAUCCCUUGUCUGUACUGUUGCAAUACAAGGAAGGCAUAUACUUGAAUGUAGUAAAUGAUGUUAUAUACAAGCAAAAUGCGAAUUAAGGACGGACGUCGGACUUAAGUAUUUAAGUACAUAUGAAGGCGUAUUAUAAAUUGAUAUUUAAAUUAAAUAAUGAAACUCAUAUACAUAUAAAAACUGUUGUACAUAGUAAAUAUACGUUUAAAACUUUAAUAUACAGCCGUAUGUGAUAAACUAUGAACAAUAAAAGUCGA